UACAGGGAAUGCCGGGGAGCGUGGAAGCCGUCCCAACCUGCCAGCCCUCCGUGUAAUCCCGAAAGUGCACUUUGGGGCUUACAUCCCGAACGUUCAAUGUGAGUGCGGCUCCCUGGGGAACUUCUCCCUGCUCUGGAUCAUAACCAGCGGUUCAGGGAUGGGCAGGGCAGGGCAGGGCUGGAGCUCCUGCACGUCACUGCCGCGUGUCUCCAGGGCGGGGACUUUGGCACCCAGGACAGGCACCAGAGCUCUCCCCAUCUCUGCCAGGGACCCACGCGGGACAGCGGCUGUCUAAGUGCCCUGGACACGGACAAUAACAGAUUGAUCAGAUCCGAGCACCAUGGCAACAGUCAAGGGCAUCUCAACUUUCAAUGCUGAGCAAGAAGCACAGGCACUAAGGAAGGCCAUGAAGGGACUGGGCACGGAUGAAGACGCCAUCAUUGAGACCUUGACCAAACUGAACGCUUCCCAACGUCAGCAAGUUCUGAUCACCUAUAAAAGCACUAUUGGCAGGGAUUUGAUUGAUGACUUGAAGUCUGAGCUGAGUGGGAAUUUUGAAAAGGUGAUCAUUGGUUUGAUGACUCCUACCGCCAUGUAUGACGUGCAUGAACUGAGGAGGGCUCUAAAGGGAGCAGGGACAGAUGAAGGCUGCCUGAUUGAAAUCCUGGCUUCUCGCACCAACGCGGAGAUUCAGCGCAUCAAUGAGAACUACAAACUCCAGUAUGGCUCCACCCUUGAGGACGACAUUGUCUCUGACACAUCCUCCAUGUUCCGCAGAGUCCUCGUGUCCCUCGCCACAGGUAACAGAGAUGAGGGAACAUUCGUGGAUGAGGCCCUUGCUCAACAAGAUGCUCAGUGCCUGUAUGCAGCUGGGGAGAAGAAAUGGGGAACGGAUGAGGUGCAGUUCAUGUCCAUCCUCUGCACACGGAACAGGUGCCACCUGCUCAGAGUUUUUGAUGUGUACAGAGCGAUUGCUAAUAAGGACAUCACAGAGAGCAUAAAAUCUGAGAUGUCAGGAGACCUUGAGGAUGCUUUGUUAGCUGUGGUAAAGUGCUUGAGGAAUAAACCUGCUUAUUUUGCUGAAAGAUUGUACAAAUCCAUGAAGGGCCUGGGCACCGAUGACAGCACGCUGAUCCGGGUGAUGGUGUCCCGCUCAGAGAUAGACAUGCUCUACAUCAGGAGGGAGUUCCUGGCCACGUACGGCAAAUCGCUCCACUCCUUCAUUAAGGGAGACUGCUCAGGGGACUACAGGAAAGUUCUGCUCAGGCUGUGUGGUGGGGAGGAUUAAAGGAGGCCUGGGGAAUCUGCUGGAUGAUGGGAAGCAGCUGAUCAUUGUUUAGGUUGGAAAAGAUCUUUAAGAUCAUCGAACCAAAUCAUGAUAAAGAUUUCUUUUUUUUUUUUUCCAAUUGCCUUAUUAAUUACUCUGAUUAUUGACUUAGGUUAGGUUAUGCUCUGGUUAAACAGUGGUCAUUCUGGUUGACCCUUUUGAUACACUUUUUUGCUUGGAACACCCAUUUGCCUACUAACUGGGCUGGUGAAGCCCAUCUUAACACAGAAUGCUAUAAACAAAGGUAUAAAAGUUGUUUCCUG